UAAAUAAAAUAAAUUUAUUGGUUUUUGUUUUAAAAAAAAUGGCGUUUAAUACAAACGUCAAAACUCUUUAUUAUUUUUAUUUUAUUUUAAUAAUAUGUUCAACAUUUUUAAUUAGUCCAAGUGAUUGUGUUAAAUUUUCGUUUGGUCGCUCAAAAUCACGUUCAAAAGGAAAUACACAUAGUGGUGGUUCAUCCAGACCACGACCAUCCUCAAGCAACCAUGAAAAUACAAGGUUAAGUUACGGUCCAGAUUCACAUAGCCCACCCAGUAGUCAUCCAUCAUCACACGUUGGAUCACCAUCACAUGUUGGAUCACCAUCACAUGUUGGACAACCUUCACACAGUAAUCCAACGAUUAAUAAGGCACCAACAGGUUUUGGACAGCCUUCACACAAUUAUCCAUCGCAUAAUCAGCCCCCAACAAGUUUUGGACAAUCACAUAAUAAUCCAGUACAGAACAAGCCGCCAACUAGUUUUGGUAGCCCACCAGCAUAUAAUCCUGGCCAUGCACCUCCAUACCCCCCUCCAGGUGGUAUAGGUUCAAAUCCUUCAAGCUUCGGUAGCCCUGGUGGAAUUCGACCCCCACCAGGUCAUGUAGGAGCACCGUCAUCAUAUGGACAAGGAAGUCAUGCCUAUCCUCCACCCCCGUUACCUCAUAAUACAAAUACAGGAAGUCAUGCUGGACAUGUCGUGCCACCUCCAUCACAUAUUGGAGGAAGUCAUGCAGCUCCAAACGCACCACCUCUUCCAGUUAAUACGAAUCAAAGACCAAUUGGAUUCCAACCACCACCAACUGGUAACAAAUAUCCACAAGGACCACCAGCUUAUCAAACACACCAACAAGGUUCACAUGCUCCACCACCACCUCCAUAUAAUCCAUCAUACCAUGCUCCAGCUAUGAAUCAUCCACCUGCAUAUAAUAGCCCUGCUUACCAUGCAUCCCCAUCUUAUCAUCCACCUCCAGCAUAUCACCCUCCAGCCUAUCAUCCACCAGCAUAUCAUGCACCACCUUAUACUCCUCCCGCUUACCAUCCACCAAGCUACCAACCACAUUAUGGUGGAGGAUACGGUGGUGGAUAUGGAGGAGGUUAUGGCGGCGGUGGAUAUGGAGGAGGUGGAUUUGGAGGAGGCGGAUUUGGUUCACCGUCUUACUUUGGGGGAAGUUCAUAUGGACGUCAAUCAUCUGGAAUUGGAGGAAAUAUAUUGUCCGGUAUUGGUGGAGCUGUUGCUGGUGUUGCAUUAUGGGAAUUAGUGAGAAAUCAUAACAAUUACAAUGUACAUCGUGUAAAUACACAAUCAUAUGAUAGAGGAUAUGCUGAUCGUGUCCAAAAUCCAAGUGAUAUUAAAGCUGGUGACACUUACAUUGUUACUCCAAAUAACGUGCCAUGUAACAUUACCGAAAAGAAAACACCGACAGGCCGUGAAAUGUAUAUUGAUUGUAAAUCACCAGACACAUUCAAUGCUACAGUGAUUUUACCAAGCAACAGUACGGCUUCAAUACCUUGUACACCGGGUAGCAAUGGACAAGGCUGUGUUGGCAAAAUAGAAAUACCUGAUGCAAAACUUCAACCUGUGAACUUUGAUAUUGUGAAUGCAACGGCAUUAUUGGAAAGCCAUUGUAAAAAUAUAACAAAUGAAAAGGCAGAAGUAAUGCCACCUGAAUGUUAUACAAUAUUCCAUCCAUUAGCACCUGAAGUAAAACAACCUCCGCCAGAGUAUUGGAACGGUUUCUGUCAGAAUCUUGCAUUGUAUUUACAAGUGAACAGUACAGUAGCAAACGAAACAUUUAUUCCUCAAGAAUGUAACGAUAUCUGGUAUCCACCAACAUAUUGGGAAACCUAUUGUACAUCAUUACAAGUACGAUUAAACGGUACAAUUGAUAAUUCAACGGUUAUUCCACCACAAUGUUAUAAAUUAUGGUAUCCACCAUCAUAUUGGAAAUCGUUGUGUGCUAAUUUAACUGCAAGUGGUGAGAAAAUGAAAAAAGAAGAUAUUCCACAAGAUUGUUACAAUUUAUGGGGUUGGGAAGAUUAUUGUUACAACGUAUCGGUCAAUUUAAAAACAACACCAAAUAUAACAGUACCACAAGAAUGUUAUGACAUUUGGUAUCCAGAUAAAAAUAAUACGACUAUUACAAGUACAAAUGCUGCGACAGUGAAUGCUGAAAACGGUUCACCAGCAAAAUUAGGAACUGGAGAGAAAAGAACGGGUGAAUUACAAAUAACCGAAAGUAAAAGCAGUGGUACCACAACAUCAUCAACUUUAAUAUCCAUUUCAACGUUUAUAAUACCUUUAUUUUUAUUUUAUUUUAAAUGAUUUUAAUAAAUUUGUUAUAAAUGAAAAGUUUUAUUUUUUUUAAAUAAGUAAUGAAAAGUUUUUAAGCAAACAUCUUGCCUUCAUUUCAAAUAUAGCUUAUUUCUAAACAUAUUUUUCUAUUGUUAUACUUAAAAAAAAAAUUAAUAAAAAAUA